GGUGUCGCGUCCGACCACAGCGCGCUCCCGCGGGAUCCCCAGCAGGACAGACCGAGCUGCAGACAUGGGUAUACCGUCGUUCUUCGCCGGCUACCCGUUCCAAGGUCAGGGUCGGGUCAACCAGCUGGGCGGCGUGUUCAUCAACGGCCGGCCGCUCUCCAACGACAAGCGGCUGCAGAUCAUCCAGAUGGCGGCGGCCGGGGUGCGACCGUGCGUCAUCUCCCGCUCGCUGCGCGUCUCGCACGGCUGCGUCUCCAAGAUCCUGAACCGGUACCAGGAGACGGGCAGCAUCCGGCCGGGCGUCAUCGGCGGCAGCAAGCCGCGCGUCGCCACGCCCGAGAUCGAGACCACCAUCGCCCAGUACUUCAAGGAGAACCCCGGCAUCUUCAGCUGGGAGAUCCGGGACCGGCUGGUCAAGGCGGCGAGACGAGCGGCAGUGACGAGGAGAGCGAGCCAGGCAUCAAGCUGAGCCGAAAGCAGCGCCGCUCGCGCACCACGUUCUCGGCCGAGCAGCUGGAGGAGCUGGAGAAGGCCUUCGACAUCACCCAGUACCCGGACGUGUACACCAGGGAGAAGCUGGCCCUCAAGACCACCCUGACGGAGGCCCGGGUACAGGUGUGGUUCAGCAACCGGCGCGCGCGGCUCCGCAAGCAGCUGAACGCGCAGCACCACGUGUCGCCGAGCGGCGCCUCGCCGGCGGCCGGCCCGGCCAGCUCGGCCCCGUACGGCGGUUACCUGCCCGACGCCGGCGCGCCCGCCGCCCAGUACGGCCAGUCCUGGGCCCAGGCCAGCUCGCUGAGCUACCCUGAGUACCUGCAGGGCUCCACCUCCCAGAUGACGUCAUCAGUGAACCAGUACGCCGGGAUGACGUCAUUUGCUGGCGGCAUGCACCCGGGCUCAGUGGCCGGCUGGCCAGGCUUCUCUUCCGACAACAGCUUUUUCACCGGCUCGGCGACAAGCAUGGGGUACCCCGGCAGCUACGGCAUGCAGGCACACUUCCCGGAGGGCAAGCCGGCCGGCUUCCACCCGUACUCGUGAAGCAGGCGGCUCGGCUGGCUCGGACACGCGCACUAGCGGGCAUCGAUCUGGCGACCGGCCGUCAGCGCCCGCGGCCCGUGACCCGCCAGCUGCCGGCGCGCUGUCUGAGCUCGAGGAGAGGCUGUGGGAGCCCGGGGCCGCCGGCGCACCGCGCAGGCCACGGAGCGCCGGCUCGGUGCCGGCGGCAGGGCGGACCGC